AUGGCCCACGUUCAUAAUCCGUAUGCGGACGGGCCACCGGAUUAUUCCCAGCUGGCGCAGGACGUACCCUAUUUUGCACCUUUGUACGUUUAGGCCCCUGCGCUUGUGUUCCACCGUCGAGCUCCGCAGCUCUCAGGCUCGCUCAGCUCACAGCGCUAGGUCUCUGAUAGCCUACGAACGACCCCAUACGGGGGCUCGACCAUCGAUUACAAAGAUGAGAACGCUCUGAGGUAGGCUUUCGUACCUCCAACGCGACCUUUUUCCGCUCGGCCUGUGCAUCCCACUCACCCCACGCCGACGCGCCGUGCCAGAGCGCUGAGUUCAGCACUGCUUGAACGCGACUUCGGACUCCGGAUUGAGCUACCCAGAGACCGACUCUGCCCGAUCGUGAGUUGCACCUGCUGGAAGAACUUCCCGUUUCAAGGCGGCGCCGCUGAGAUUAUGGGACAUGGGUGUCAAUUCCUGUGCUUCGACUCUCAGGUGCCGGGCCGGUGAGUUUGCGAACCAUCUUGCGCUCGUGCGCCCCACUUGGCCCAGCACCCCCUCCCCCGCACAUCCUCCAUGCUGGCACCUGAUUGAUUACGCCUGACUCACAUCUUGCUUCCGUCCCGAAAAACACCCAGAGUCGAAUACGUUACCUUCAUUCUCAGACUGGUCCAUCUCAAUCCACAUAGGUCGUCACAUGUUCGCGGCCUCGACAUGUUCGUAGACCCUGGAGAGAGAAUCUGUCCCAUCGAGGCCAUGCCGUGCGGGCACUGACAGCUUCCCGUCUUGCAGUGGCACAGGUGCUUCCGCGAUCUAUGCUCUACUCGUUGCCAAGAUGCAAGCGGAUGCCUUCGUAUACGGAUCGGAGCUCGACGAACACUCGCAAUCUUGUGCCAUACGCAAUGUCAAUGCGAACAACUUGACCGCACGGGUUCAAGUCGUGUGUUCGACUCGUGAGGAGGACCUUUUGUUUCCCAAGGAAACCUGGGCGGAUAACGAGCUCGACUUCACAAUGUGUAAUCCACCGUUUUACGAAAGUGAGGUCGAGAUCAGAGCUUUGGCGACGGAGAAGGACGGAAAGCCGAGUGCGGUGAGUACAGAUGCUGCUACCCGAAUGGUCGACGUGCUGCACGCUGAUUCAUCUCGGACUUCGACAGGUCUGCACCGGCGCCUCCAACGAGAUGGUAACCCAGGGCGGCGAGAUCGAAUUCGUUGGGAGGAUGAUCGAAGAGAGCGUCCGGCUUGGCAGCCAUAUUCGGUAGGCGGAGAAACGGUUGUUCCAUUGGCAGGACCUUGAUCGAGAGAAGCGUUCGCUGAUGAAGCACACAUGUCAAUUCACAGACUGUUCUCGUCGUUACUCGGGAAGUUUUCCAGCUUGAGUCCAUUAGUCGCCAAGUUGAAAACCCAUAAAGUGCGUCCACUGCCACCGCGGGACCCAAAAUUUCGCUUCGAAUGCGGUGCUGAGUCUUCUCCACAAACUGGACUCACAGAUCAGUAAUUACAUCGUCCACGCGCUCUCCUCGGGUCGGACAACUCGUCAUAUACUCGUCUGGUCACUCGGGGCUUGGCGUAUACCUCAGGUAUGCUACCGUCCCCUGCCGUCCCCUGCCCCCCUAUAGCUCCUACUUCUGGCUGCUGACGAGGGGCGAAUAUUCUUGGGCCUCGGGCAUGCAGUCGCUCGCGCAAAUUACACCGUUCACGACCAAGUUCUCCCCUCCGGUGAACUCCGCCACGUUUCGUGCUCCGUCAGGAAUGGACGCCCCGACUCUUUAUAAUCUUGUCUGUACCAUUCUAACCUCGCUAGAUGGCGUCACGACCUCACAUUCUGCACCAGGCGUGAUUCAAAUGAGAGCGGCGUGUAACUCUUGGUCCCGCUCUGCUCGUCGGAUGGCGCGAAACCCCACUCAGACAGGUAUCGCCGGCCAAAACACCGCUGGAAAAGGUGACAAUCAGAUCGAAGCUACUUUUACGGCUCUACAGGACGAUGGAGAAGAUGCCGGGUGCUCGUUGCGAGGCGAAUGGACCCAAGGCUCGGAGCAAGUCAGAGCCGACUGGCUUAAACUGUGGGCUCAUGUCACGCGCAAGAUAUCGAACCGUAGGCCUUGA